UAUACAAUCCAAGAAGAGUUUGAUUUUUUUGGUUUCUUCCUCCAUAGUUUCAUCAAAUUCCGUUUUUUUUCUCCAUUUCGGACAGAUGCCUUCAUCUCCAUUUCACUUCUAUCUUUGAUUUCCAUUUUUGAGUUAUUUUGCUUUAUCUGAUUAUGGAGGCGCCCUCCUUUGUUUCUAAAGCGAGGACUGCCUUUCAUUCCGCAGCUGCUAAAGCGGAGCGAGUUUUCUUGGACUUUAAAUCCGAUCCAUCAGAUUUUGAUAAACAAGUGCCUAAGGAUCUGGUGAAACCACCCAUCGACCAGACUUCUAAGAACCCAGAUGAAAUAAGGAGUCACAGUGAACCAAAGCACUCGAGGUGGAGACCGUCAAACAUAGGGACAAAACAGGACUGGCAAGAUAAGUUCAAAAACAUACGACUGGGAAAGAAAGCUGCUGAGGAUACUGAAAAAGUUGAAAAUCCAACCAUGGCUGUACCGUUUUAUGAUGAGAAUUUGUACCUACUGAACAUGAAAAAUGAUAUUGAAGCAAAGAAUGCAGAAAUAAUUCCGUCAGUUGAAAGUUUAUGGACUACUGACACAGAUAGUAUUCCUCCCCUUUCAGUUAUAAAACAGUUGGCCACAGCUGUUGAGGCUGCGAAGAAAUCCAAGUCAAUGAAGAGUUUGCUUGCUUCAUCCGGAGAUUCUUCACCUGCAAGGGAGAAGUCUGGGUUGAGUCUCUCUUCUGUUAGGGCAUUAAUGCUUCGUGAAAAGGAGGAAAAGAGUUCAACUGAAUUUCACCACGAUGAGAGAAUUCAAUCUUUGAUUUGUUCACUCUUUGAUGCAGGUACAUGCACAUUCCAGAUAUGCGCAGAGGGAAUUUUUCUAAGAAGGAACUUUGGCACUGCUUUAGAGGACACAAUUGUGACAUCCCUGCCUAAAGAUAUUCAUGGUGCUCCUCCAGAUAGCCUUCUUGUUAAGAUUUCUGAAGUUAUAGGAAGCUUUAGAACUCUACGGAAAAUGGCACUUUUUUGGUGCAGAAUUGUUGAUGAAAUGAGAAGAUUCUGGUCAGAAGAACAAUAUCUACCUGGCAUUCCAAUAGAUGAAAUUCCAGAUCUAAAUUCAUGUCUUCUAUAUCAGCGAUUGCAGGUUAUAAAUUGUUGUGUCUCCCGCAAAAGACGCCAUGAGAUAGCAACUGACUCAAUAGAUGCUGCGAUACGGGAAGCAAGUUCAAAUGCUGAAUCAGGAACAUCCAAAGUAACUAUUCCUGGCAACACUCUUUUAUAUGCGAGACUCAAUAAUGGGGAACUUGCACUUCGACUAGGUGCCGAUUGCCCAUUUGGUGACCAUAAAAUGUUGGAAACUGGUGAAGCAGUUUACUCUCCUGUUACACAGGAAGGACCUCUGCUAACAGAAGAUGUCAUUAAAGAAACAGAGGAGUUUGUUCUUCGAACUGGAAGUGUGGGUGCUGGAUGUUCUCAGCUUCUUUCAGACAUGCAAGCUUUCAAGGCUGCCAAUCCUGGCUGCAUCUUGGAAGAUUUUGUAAGAUGGCACUCCCCUCCUGAUUGGACAGAACCUGAACCAAGUAAUGAUAGUAUAGAUUCUCCUGUUGGUAGUGAUUCCAGAGGACAACUUAGUAGUCGAAUGCAAAAAGAAGGUAAUUUGUGGCUUGAACUAUGGGAAACAUCCAAACCAGUGCCUGCUGUUAAACAAACACCACUCUUUGAUGAGGAUUUGGUUGUGGAAGGUAUUCUGAAUGAUUUGGAGGACUUGCCACCUUCUGAGCUGUUCGAGCCGCUGUUCAUUUCUUUACUUGGUUUAGGAUUGAUAAUGGCCGAGGCCAAGUUGGCUAAUAAUAAUAAUUUGUCAAAACUGUUCUAUGACUGCAAGGGUUAUGUUGUAGCAACUUGUCAAAGCAGCUCUUGGAGCAACAAAGUUGAUGAUCUUUGUCAGGUCUAUGAAACAGUGGAGACAAUGAUGGUGAAUCCAGAGGAAAUUCUGAAGGCGAUGAAGCAGCCAGAAGAAUCUAACAUGACAGCCAGUGAGCUGAAACGUCGUUUUAAGAAGCUGAGUCUGAACUUUGUAGGCAAGGAUGGACAGUCAAGAAAAUCUUCUCCAAGAAAUGCAAAUUCGGACGGAAGUCCCUCCUCACCGCAACCAUUCUCGUCAUUCUUUGAUAGCAAAUCAUCUUUAUUUGCAAAGAAGCCUCCUAAGCCAGAAACUCCAUCUGCCACUCCUGUUGAAAAUGGUUGGACAUUUGUUUAGGACAGACAGACGAAAACUCUUCUGCCUGCCACUAAAGUUUGGGAUUUUGAUUUGAUUUUUUUCUUUUUUUAUUGAUAUCUUGGGAUGGAAUUGUAAAUUUUACUGAAAUUGCAUUUAAAUAGCGAUGGGGUCCUUAUGUAGUAUAAACAAGAGAGUCUUCUUCUUUGCUUGCAAGAGGAAAGGUGUUUUUUUUCUUUCUUUCUCCAUGUAAAUAUAUAGCAUGGGAAUACAUGGGUUUUUGCUUAUUUAA